AUGCCUAUUACUCCGAAGGAUCUUGAUACAAUGAAGUUAGGAAGGAUAAGAAAAAAGGAUUUGAGUGUCGCUUUUCAGAUAAGAGAAAAUCCGGAUGCAAAAUUUCACAGAGUCUGCUUCUAUUUGCCAGACAAGCAUCUAUACUCCUCCUCCUAUCUCAAAUACAUCGUGGAUUUUGUGAGUCCGAAUAAAGCGAACAGUGUUGUGGACAAGAAGUGUUUUUCGGACAUGAUCAAUUGGUAUGUCCAGGUUCACAAGUCUUUGCUGGGAAUUAUACAAAAGUUGUUCAAAGUUCAAAAGCAACAACAACAGUGA